AUGGAUGAUGAUGGCGAAGAAAUUGACUGGGGAUUUUGGGAAGCUGUCAUUCAAGAUUCAGAUCAGGUGGCUCUUAAAUUACCUCACUUACUUUCACUCAAAUUAAGAUCAGGUAUUCCUUCAAAAGUAAGAGGACUUAUGUGGCAAGCUAUGUCAAAAUCUGCUUCAUUACAUUUGGAAACGGUGUAUAAACAAUUAUGUAAUGAGAAGUCUCCUCACGAACGUGUUAUUCAGCGAGAUCUGUCAAGAACGUUUCCUCGUAUUGAUAUGUUCAAGAAAGAGAAUGGGCAAGGACAGAUUUCUAUGAAGCGUAUUUUAGAAGCUUAUAGUUUAUAUGAUACCGAAGUUGGCUACUGCCAAGGCCUGGCGUUCUUAGUAGGCCCAUUGCUUAUGAAUAUGCCUGAAGAACAGUCAUUUUGUGUGUUUGUAAGACUUAUGGAAACAUACGAGAUGAGGUCCAUGUUUACUUUGAAUAUGGAAGGCCUUCAAGUCCGUCUGUACCAGUUUUCUAGCUUGCUGAAGGAAAUCCUGCCUGACCUCACGAAUCACCUUGACUUAUUGGGCGUACACCCGGCAAUGUAUGCCUCGCAAUGGUUUUUGACAUUGUUUGCGUAUGCUUUUCCUGUUCCUCUUGUAUCGCGUAUUUAUGAUAUCAUUUUCGCCGAAGGUGCUGCAGAAACAAUCAUGCGUGUCUCCAUUGCUAUAUUGAAGCGCUCGCAAGAUACUAUUCUGUCUAAAGUGCCUGCUGAAUUCGAGCAUAUAUUAGAUUUUCUAACCUCACAAAAGCUAUGCGAGCCUUACAAAGACUUUUAUAGCCAAGUCAUUCAUGAUGCAAUGGCUUUAUCUGGCAUUAUAACUCGAGAAAAAAUGGACAUACUUGGUGAAGAAUACGCUCAACAAACAGCAGAAGGAAAGGUCAUAAUUCCAGCACGUAAACUUGGAUUUUGGAAGAGAAAGAAGCAGCUUUAUUCAGCAAAAAACAACAAGAUUUUCCGAUCAUACAGUGGUGCUUUUACAACAGCUAAAGCAUCUAAUAAAAAGCCAACAGCAACUAAUCCUCCUUUGCUAAAAAAGCGAUGGUCAUCAGUUUCUUCACCCAAAGAGUGGAUCUAUCUUCAAAAGACACCAAAUUGUGAUCGAAACGAAACAAACGAUAUAGAAAAAAAGCUUAAAUGUGUUCUUCAUGAUUUUGACCAGCUUAAAAUCAAGCAUCAAAAGACACUAGAUGAACUCAAUGAAGUCAAUUACGAUAAAGAAGACUUGGAGUGUGAAAGAGAUGCUCUCAAACUGACUAUUGCUGAACUAGAGCGUUACCAGCAGAUAUCAUACAAUUGUGAUAGCUCAGCCAUAUUAUCAUCAACUUCGUUCAGCAAUCUCGAAAUAGCACAAAAUGCAGCUAUGGCCGAAAAUGUGUAUCUUCAGGAGACCAAGGCAGCUAAAGACAACCAGGACAUUUCUUUGCAGCUUGUCCAUCUCAAAGUUCAUAACUUUGAGCUGGAACAGCAUUGUGAAAAUCUUGAGCAAGAUUUGGAACUGAUUCAAGCAAAGCUAGAUAUGGUCAAUGAAGGGCAAAUAGCUCUUGUAGAUAAACUAGUGGUAAUGAAGACUGAAUUAGAAGAAGCAAGAAUCGAAAAAAGCCAUAUAAAAGAAGAAAACGAGCGCUUAAAAAAAGAGCUAACGCGUUUGAAAGAAGUGCAGUUACUAGCACCACAAAAUGAAGGACAUUGUGGACCAUGCAUUAAAAGACGCCAUAGUACAUCAAGCAUAAUACCAGGUACUAACAACAAGCAACUGUAUGAACUUGAGCCUUCUUUAAUAGCACGCAAAAUGAAAUUGGACGAAUAUGCAUCCACAGAAAAAAGAAAAGCAUCUAUUUACGGUCGAGUAUUACACGCGUUUUCACGAUCAAGUUGA